AUGGACGGUAUGAUGGAUGACCUGGCAGACAUCUACGGUGACGUCAUCAGCGGCCACGCAACUGCCACGUCAGCAGCGCCGGCCGCCAACGUCAUGGGCGCGUCAGCAGGAGGGGGGGCGCUGGGCGGCACAGGAGGACAGGGAGGGGGCGGAAUGGGGGCAGGGGGAGCGGGGGGAGCAGGGGGGAUGGGGGGAGCAGGGGGGAUGGGGGGAGCGGGGCAAGGAGGGGAGAUGGCAGGGGGAGGCGGAGCCAUGGGGAGUGUGGGCGCGAGUGUGCAGGCGCAGGUGGAUGAGGAGACGCGCAUGAUGUCCGCCAUUGUGGAUCAGGCCUCCACGGACUGGCAGAGGCCUCCAGAUCAGUUUGGCGGCCAUGGCUAUGGCCGAGGAGGAUUCUACGGCAGGGGUGGCGGUGGCGGACGUUUUCCCUUUCCCCAAAGGAAUGCGGUUCCACAUCCUGGGUACAUCUGUUACCGCUGCAACAAACCGGGUCACUACAUCAAGCAUUGCCCCACCAAUGGCGAUCCAGCAUUCGAUGUGGUGAGGCGGGUGCGGCCCCCCUCGGGCAUCCCCAAGAGCUUUUUGCGCCCGGACCAGGGAGGGGGCUACCUCAUGCCGGAUGGGUCCAUGGCUUCCAUGGGCGCGCAGGAGAUGCAGCAAGGCAACGAGCAAGCCUUUGCAAGGGAGACAGAGCCCUUUCUGACCCCCAUGCGUCAGCCUCAAGCUGCAGAGGUCCCACCAGAGCUCAAGUGCCCACUCUGCUCCUCGCUCUUCCGCAACGCAGUGCUCAUUCCCUGCUGCCACCUCUCCUUCUGCGACCAGUGUGAGUGGCGGGUGGGUGGGUGGCAUGGAAUGGCAGGAGGGCGAGGGAUGGGUGAAGAAGUGGCAUGGCGGCAGAGCGAGUGGUGCUCAUCCUCUGCUACCACCUCUCCUUCUGCGACCAGUUGCUCAUCGCCUGCUGCCACCUCCCCUUCUGCAACCAGUGUGAGUGGCAUUCGGCAGCAGCUGUUGGCCAAGGGGAGCUGCCCCAAGUGCUCGUCCACCCUCAACUGCAACGAUGACCUUCUCCCCAACAUGACGCUCCGCCAGGCUGUUGAUCGAUUCAAGGUUUGA